AUCCAUGACCGAGGGGGCUGGUUCCUCUUGACGCCGCAUUUGCCAGGGCCGACGGACCCAAUUCGCGUCGACGCGAACCCCUGCAACACAGAUUUAGGAGAGUGGGGCCAGCGCGUGCAGACGUGCAAACGUGCAGCAUUUAAGAGACGCGCUUCCGGUUCUCCCUCUCUCCAAAACCAUCCUUUGUCUACACAAUUCCCCAACCCAUUACUUCAUCACCAACAGCAAUUGCCUCUCGACAUCUUACCUCAGGUGGCAAUUUUCUCUGUCUUGUUUCUACACAACUCUCAAUCCCACACACUACACACAAUGACUGCCCAGGUCACUCCAUCCAAGCAGGCUGCUUCCGCGAUUGAGGGACUUAAGAUGGAAUCUCCCGUCAAGAAGCUGAACUUUUCCACAUCCAACAAGGAGAACGCGCCCUUCGACGCCGACCUCGCCACCCUCGAGGCAGAGAUUGACGCCAACCACCAACAGACAACCAUGGAUAAGAAGGAACCAAGCGCCGCGGUGGCUCCCACCAUCAAGGAGCUUGAGGCCGAUGAGCCGCUCCUCCAGGAGAACCCGCAGCGCUUCGUGAUGUUCCCCAUCAAGUAUCAUGAGAUCUGGCAGAUGUACAAGAAGGCCGAGGCUUCCUUCUGGACCGCCGAGGAGAUUGAUCUUUCCAAGGACCUCCACGACUGGAACAACAAGAUCAACGACGACGAGAAAUACUUCAUCUCCCACAUCCUCGCCUUCUUCGCCGCGUCGGACGGCAUCGUCAAUGAGAACCUGGUUGAGCGCUUCAGCGGCGAGGUCCAGGUCCCGGAGGCCCGCUGCUUCUACGGCUUCCAGAUCAUGAUGGAGAACAUCCACUCCGAGACCUACUCCCUGCUCAUUGACACAUACAUCAAGGAGCCUGCCCAGCGCACGCACCUGUUCAAUGCCAUCGACACCAUCCCUGCCAUCCGCAAGAAGGCCGACUGGGCCCUGCGGUGGAUCACGGACCAGAAGUCCACCUUCGCCCAGCGCCUCGUCGCAUUUGCCGCCGUUGAGGGUAUCUUCUUCAGCGGUGCCUUCGCCUCCAUCUUCUGGCUCAAGAAGCGCGGCCUCAUGCCCGGCCUGACCUUCUCCAACGAGCUCAUCUCGCGUGACGAGGGUCUCCACACCGACUUUGCCUGCCUGCUGUUCUCGCACCUUAACAACCGCCCCAGCAAGCAGGUCAUCGAGGACAUCAUCGUCGAUGCCGUCCGCAUUGAGCAGGAGUUCCUCACCGAGGCCCUGCCGUGCGCCCUGCUCGGCAUGAACUCCAACCUGAUGAAGCAGUACAUCGAGUUCGUCGCUGACCGUCUCCUCGUCGCUCUCGGCAACGAGAAGGUGUACCGGUCGACGAACCCCUUCGACUUCAUGGAGAACAUCUCUCUCGGCGGCAAGACCAACUUCUUCGAGAAGCGCGUUGGCGAGUACCAGAAGGCCGGCGUCAUGGCCAGCACCAAGAAGCCCCAAGACGACGUGGAGGAGGUUAAGGGCGAAAACGGCGGCGACUUCACUUUCGAUGACGACUUUUAAGCCGUCUCUCUUUGACCGUCUCUUUCCUUGCUCUCUAAUACCCCCUGUACUCGAUAUUUCCUCUCUUUUCCCUGGCGGCAUCUUCUGGCAUAGAAGUGGCAGGGCUGUCGGUUUACGUCUCGCCUCGUUGGAGAGGUUGGAUAUUCUUUCACAUGUACAUAUGCUGCGCGGGCGGGACCGUGUUUGCACAAGGCGUUGGGCGUUGGGCGGUGCCCGCUAGGUCUGGUUCAUGAGGGUAUGCGGUGGUGAUGAGGAAAACGUUUUAGUAUGUAUGAGUAGAUUCUCAUACGAGGAAUCAAGCUGCGAACACAUCUUGUC